AUGAAUCUACGUUCUGUUUUUACUGUAGAGCAACAAAGGAUUUUACAGCGUUAUUAUGAAAAUGGAAUGACAAAUCAAAGUAAAAAUUGCUUUCAGCUCAUAUUACAGUGUGCACAAGAGACUAAGCUGGACUUCAGUGUAGUCAGGACGUGGGUUGGCAAUAAGAGAAGAAAAAUGAGUAGUAAGAAUUCUGAAUCAGGAGCAGCAACACCAGGAGCUGUUUCCGGUACCUCUUUGGCAGUUCCAGAUGUUACAGUCAGAAAUGUGGUUAAUAUUGCUCGACCCUCAAGCCAACAGUCUUCUUGGACAUCUGGCAAUAAUGAUGUCAUUGUAACUGGUAUAUACAGUCCAGCCAGUUCAUCAAGUAGGCAAGGGACAACCAAACAUACAAAUACACAAAUUACAGAAGCACAUAAAAUCCCUAUUCAGAAAACCACCAGUAAAAAUGAUACUGAGUUUCAGUUGCACAUUCCUGUUCAAAGACAAGUAGCACACUGUAAAAAUGCCUCCCUGCUCCUAGGAGAAAAAACAAUUAUUUUGUCAAGACAGACAAGUGUGCUAAAUUCUGGAAACUCAGUGUACAGUCCCACGAAGAAAAACUAUGGAAGCUCUUCAGUACAAACUUCUGAAAUGAUGGUACCCCAAAAGCCAUCUGUGUGCCACCGUCCUUGUAAAAUUGAACCAAUUGGGAUUCAAAGAUCAUAUAAGCCUGAACACAGUGGUCUGACUUCACACAACUCAUACGGGCAAAAGUCAGCUAUUAAAGACCCUUACUGUAGGACACAAAACUUAGAAAUCCGUGAAGUAUUUUCACUGGCAGUUAGUGAUUACCCUCAGAGAAUUCUGGGAGGAAAUACCCCACAGAAGCCUAGCUCAGCAGAAGGAACUUGUUUGUCCAUUGCAAUGGAGACUGGAAAUGCUGAUGAUGAGUAUGCCAGAGAGGAAGAGUUGGCAUCAAUGGGAGCACAGAUACCAAGUUACUCAAGGUUUUAUGAAAGUGGCAGUUCCCUUCGAGUUGAGAACCAAAGUACAACUUUGCCUGGACCAGGAAGAAAUAUGUCAAAUUCACAAAUGGUGAAUAUUAGAGACUUGUCAGACAAUGUACUGUAUCAAAACAGAGACUACCACUUGGCACAACAGACCUCAUUACAUACAGCAUCUAGUACAAUGUACACUAACGCAAAUCUAUCACGGAGUAAUUUUUCCCCACAUUUUGCAUCAUCAAACCAAUUGAGGUUAUCACAAAACCAAAACAAUUACCAGAUUUCAGGAAACCUUACUGUGCCUUGGAUUACAGGGUGUUCUAGAAAAAGAGCACUACAGGAUCGCACUCAGUUCAGUGACCGAGACUUAGCCACUCUUAAGAAGUACUGGGACAAUGGCAUGACAAGCCUGGGCUCUGUUUGUAGAGAGAAAAUUGAAGCAGUUGCAACUGAAUUAAAUGUUGACUGUGAAAUAGUUCGGACUUGGAUUGGGAAUCGAAGAAGGAAGUAUCGUUUAAUGGGAAUUGAAGUUCCACCUCCAAGAGGAGGCCCAGCUGAUUUCUCUGAGCAGCCUGAGUCUGGAUCUUUGUCUGCACUCACACCAGGAGAGGAAGCUGGGCCUGAUAUUGGAGAGGAUAAUGACAGAAAUGAUGAAGUAUCUAUCUGUUUGUCUGAAGAAAGCUCUCAAGAAGAGUCCAACGAAGUUGUUCCAAACGAGGCAGGGGCUCAUAAGGAGGAGGACCACCAUGCAGCAUCUGGAGAUAAUGUGAAAAUAGAAAUUAUUGAUGAUGAAGAAAGUGACAUGAUAAGUAAUUCUGAAGUGGAACAAGUGAAUUCUCUCUUGGAUUACAAGAAUGAAGAAGUCAGAUUCAUUGAAAAUGAGCUAGAAAUUCAAAAGCAAAAAUAUUUUAAACUUCAGACUUUUGUUAGAAGCUUGAUACUGGCUAUGAAAGCUGACGAUAAGGAACAACAACAGGCACUGCUGUCAGAUUUACCUCCUGAAUUAGAAGAGAUGGAUUUCAAUCAUGCCUCGCCGGAGCCUGAUGAUACCUCAUUCAGUGUGUCUUCUUUAUCAGAAAAAAAUGCCUCAGACAGUUUGUGAUUUGAAGGGGGGGAUAUAUGAUACAGCCUUUUGGCCGCCUAACAGGUGUGCAUUUCAAGAUAACUGCAUUCUAUUGCCCUAUAUUCUUCAGUUGGAAAAACAUAUUGUAUGAAACAGACAUAUUCUGUGAAGGAUGGACAAGAGUAAUGGCUACAAUGUAUAGUGCAAAAAAUGUAUGUGAAAUUUAAAAACAUUGAGAGUUUUUUUUCCAAAUCAAUGGAACUCUAGGGAAAAUUCUAUUAAUUUUGAGCAGUUCAGGUAUGAAGUGUAUAAUAUCUAAUUUCUAAAAGAUUUUUGUUUGGUUUUAUAGAAGAAUGUUAGUUUUAGCAAUAGUUUUGACCAGAGACACAAAAAUAAAGAUAUUUCAAUGUACUUAUCAAGUUGCUAAAACUCGGUUAGCCUUGUUUUUGUAGCCAUUAUAUCUUCUUUCUUCCUCUCCUUUUGCUGUCAUCCACAUACACAUUUACUCAGGAAAACAAAUUGAAAACAAAACUAAAAAAUUAUUUAACCUGGACAAGCUCUGGGAUCUAUUUUUCAAUUCCUAUGAGAGUUUGACUUAAGCUAAUAAUUGAAAACUUAAAUAACUACUAGUAUGUAAUUGUAAAUUGUUGGUAUUCUUCCAUUAUCUAAUCUAAAUAUUUGGGGGGGCACAGUGGAAAAUUAAUUAACCAAUAUAGAGUCAAAUAAAUUAUUAAAUGUACAGAAACAAAAACAUAAGCGUUGUAAAAGAUUAGUCUUAAUGGGAAUUCUUCACUGCUGCAAAUGACAAAUAUUGAUAAGAUUCACAUUCUGUUAGUAAAUCUGUGUAACUGAGUUAUAUGAAGUUUUGCACAAAUAGUAUGUUUAUCACCAUCCCCAUAAUAUUUUUUCAGUUUUACAUUUUAUGAAUCAGGAAGUCAAGGUAAGCCACUGAGAUUUUUUAUUAUCUAGUCACUCAGCUUUGCCACAAAAUUUACCUCA